UUGAAAUAAAGUUAAUUGUUGUUGACAUUUCCGAAGAUGGCGACCGGCAGGACGGCCUUGGUUGCUAUCGGGCGCUGGGCCGGUGUGUUGAAUGGCGAGGGUCGUUGGUUCAGAUACAAGUCGCGGCUGACCGGCCUUGCUUGUGUGAGGGGUUAUUCUCUGCCAACAACAAACAGUGCUGCUACUGAGGUGGAAAUUAUUCAGAAAGUUUCUGGCUUUGCCCCAAGUGUUGAAGGACCUCUGCAACACUACGACGCAUUGGCCAGGCAAGGCAGUAUAAAGCACGAUGAACAUCAGAGAAGGGUCGUGCAGUGUUUACAGGAACUUCACGAAUUGCUUAAAGGAUACAAUCCCAUUCAGAAGAAUUUCUUUUCACAGUUUUUUGAAAGAUCUAAACCUCCCAAAGGCCUUUAUGUGUUUGGGGACGUUGGUUCUGGGAAAACAAUGUUGAUGGACCUGUUUUAUUCUCAUUCAACAGUUAAGAGGAAGAACCGAGUACAUUUUCAUGGUUUCAUGCUAGAUGUCCAUAGAAGAAUUCAUCGGUUAAAGCAGACCUUACCCAAAAGGAAGCCUGGCUUAAUGGCAAAAUCGUAUGAUCCAAUAGCACCUAUUGCCACAGAAAUCAGCAAUGAGACCUGCCUGCUGUGUUUUGAUGAGUUUCAGGUCACAGAUAUUGCUGAUGCCAUGAUACUGAAGCAGCUUUUUGAAAAUCUGUUCAAAAAUGGUGUUGUUGUUGUGGCCACAUCCAACAGACCACCUGAAGACCUCUAUAAAAAUGGGCUUCAGAGGGCUAACUUUGUGCCAUUUAUUGAUGUCCUGAAGGAAUAUUGUGAUGCUAUCCAGUUGAAUUCAGGAAUUGACUACAGGAAAAGAGCUUCUUCUGGAGCAGCACAACUUUAUUAUCUCACAAGUGAAGCUGAUGUGGGGGCUGUCAUGGAUAAGCUAUUUGAUGAGCUGGCUCAGAAACAAAAUGAUAUAACAAGACCAAGGAUUUUGAAAGUGCAAGGUAGAGAACUGAGAUUGAGCAAAGCUUGUGGAACCAUGGCAGACUGCACAUUUGAAGAGCUAUGUGAUAAACCUCUUGGAGCAAGUGACUACCUGGAGAUUGCCAAGCAUUUUGACACCGUGUUCAUCAGGAACAUACCAAUGCUCACUUUAGCAAAGAAGACUCAAGCAAGACGCUUCAUUACUCUUAUUGAUGCCUUUUAUGAUCAUAAGGUCAGGGUGAUUUGCUUAGCUGAAAUGCCUUUGGAAAAUAUAUUUGUUCAAAAGGAUCAUGACAGUCAAGAGGAUGAGGCCAGAGUGUUCAUCGACGACCUAGAAUUGAAUCAUAAGGUAGAAGACCUUUCCAUUUUUUCUGGAGCAGAAGAAAUAUUUGCAUUUCAGCGCACUAUCUCCCGGCUCACAGAAAUGCAAACAGAAGAGUACUGGAAUGAAGGAGACCGGAGGAGGAAAUGACUGUGUGAAUGUAACUGAAAUCUACAAAGUGCAAUGGACAAUAGUUCAAAUUUUAUUUAAUGCAAGGACUAAGAUGAAUAGGAUAAAUUAUAAGUGUACUUCAUCUGCUAACGUUCAUUAACAGGACCAUUUGAUGUACUUCCACACAAUUCAAAAAUUUAUUGGUUCUAGAUUAAUGUGUAGUUGUCUUUUUUUUAAUUUAUUGGACACUUUCCUUUUCUAUUGUUUUUUGUGUCUUAUCAUCAUUUCCUGAUUAAUUGUCUUUUCUGCAAUUCUUUACUUUGGUGGGGUUUCCAUGUUAUAAAAUGUAUCCUUUUGCUUAGAGGGCUCCAAAAAUAAUGAAAUAAACAGUCCGGGAAAAAACAUGCAACUCCAUCAAAUCCACUCCAGCCAUAAACUCUGCACUCGUUCACUAUGGUCUGUUCUCCAUCAAUUUUAUGUCCUCAGGGAAAAUUUUAAGUAUUUAUGUAUAUUUAAACUCUUAAGAAUAAAUGUAUUUAACCUCAAUAAACAUUUCUUUUUCUUUUCA